AAGGUUCCCACCGACAUCGCUCCGAGGACGGACAGCAGGCGGCUCUCCAGCCCCGGCACUGCGCGCAGCACAAGUUGAGGUGAUUCAGACGAGCAGAAUGUGCCAGAAUCCUUGAAGCCUUGGAUGAUACCUGAUCUCCUUUGAUUGUUGUCCGUGCACCAGGUGCCAUGGCCUGUCUCAUAAGAGCUGAAGUAGCACUGCUGAGGUGUGCGUUGCUUAUUCUCUACCUGAGUGUCUGCUUGUGUCAGCGUGACUGCACUGGCGUGGACUGUCCCCAGCUGGACAACUGCAUUGAAGAAGUGCUGGAGAGUGGUAGCUGCUGCGCUUCAUGCUUACAGAAAGGAUGCACAUGCGAGGGUUACCAAUACUAUGAUUGUAUCAAUGCUGGAUUCAAGAAUGGUAAAGUGCCAGAGGGAGAUUCUUACUUUGUGGACUACGGCAGCACAGAGUGCUCCUGCCCUGCGGGAGGAGGUCGGAUCAGCUGCCACUUCAUCAGCUGUCCUGACAUGCCGCCAAACUGCAUCGAUAUUUCAGAGCCUGCAGAUGGCUGCAUGCAAUGUGAACGGAUCGGGUGUGUCCAUAGCGGGCAAAAGUACGAGGCUGGACACUCCUUCCACAGUGACCCCUGCCGGGUCUGUCACUGCCCCAAUGAAGGGGGAGAGCUGAUUUGCUACCCUGUGCCUGACUGUGAUCCAAAGGAAGUCCAUAAACCCAUGUUAGCUGCGACCACAGAAGACACAGCCAGCAGGCGUGAAGGUUACCCCUACAAAUUUGACCAACAAGGCCAUACUGAUCAGUUCUCAACACCCUACCACGUUCUGCCUAAUGGAAAUCUUCCGCUCUUCAAACCAGCACCAUUUGAUAAGGCGGAGCCAGAAGACUAUGAUUAUGGUCCUACCGACCUUCCAGAGACCUUCCCUCAAUCUCUGUUCCUCCCCAACCAGCCGUCCUCCUCAGAAAAGGUCAUAUCCUUGUCUGGAGGCUCUGAAACGCUUGACAGACCCUCUGCCAUUCCGAGUUUUGACAGACCAAACAAGCUGGAGCUAAGAGAGCAAUAUGGAGUCCAUGACCAUCCUGCAUACAAAGAGGAAGUGACAGAUGUUCCCCUGAGAGAACCGCAGAGCACUGUCAGGCCACAUAUGUAUGAGGACACCACUACUUCUUGGCAGCCCUCACAGGGUCUGACAAGUGCGCAGAGUGUCUCAUUCAAUGAUCAGAGCACAAAGACAGAAUCAGAGAAUCUAUCGCAUGCACACAGGAGUUUUGGCAGUGACGAAUUUCCACUAAAUCAUAGUUUUGAGGGUGAAAAACACCCAGAGUACACUCAUAUGAGUUCAGAGAGUCCAAUACAUAAUCAGAGACGCUCUAAGACUCAGGCGCAUCACCAAAAUGUAUUCGAUAGUGUUAUGCCCAAGGGUUCAAACGGUCACAUCAAUGAUAGUCAUCCAGUCAGAGGUACCGAGAGUCAAUCCAAUCAACAGAGACAAUCAGAUGAGGUGAAAUUUCCAAUGUACACACUCAUAAGUCCAGAGAGCCCAAUUCAUCCCCGGGGAAGUUCAAAUGGUCAAAAAGAAUUCCAGGGUGCAGUCGCACCAGACAGUGAGGAAGGGGUGAAAGCAGAAGAAGAAGAAAAAGAAAAAGAAGAAGAAGAAGAAGAAGAAGAAGCGGAAGAAAAUACAACUUUUCAGAGUGUUACUGAGGUUGGAGGAAAGAAUGUGCCCUACAAGACAAACUCAGCACAUGAGGAGAAAAGCCACGAAGAGUCCGAGAGCAGCGACUCAACCAACAGGUACAAGAAGAUCCCAACCGACCUUGGCACCAUCUCCACCAGGGGGCCUGAGUACCAUACAACCCCUAUGGUGCGUUAUCUCACAACCACCACUCAGCUGCCAGUUGGGGUCAGUCUGUAUGAGAGCAGAGAGCCAGGUCAAAAGCUGUUUGACCUUCACAGUGAGGACAGAGGGGAGGUGAAGGAGGAGGAGGAGAGGGACAGCGAUCACCCUGUUUCAAUCAACAUACCUGAUGAAGGUCCAGGUGUUUCUGCUGAGGAGCUGCUGCAGAGCUGCUGCACUGCUGGUCAGACAUGGUUCACUGACAACCACCACUGCAACCACAUGCCUCUGCAGACCGAUGACAAGCACUCUGUAUGCAGUGUUGUACAGAAGCACUGCUGUCUCAGCUCAGUGAAGGAGAGCCAGUGUGACGCAGGUAUGAAGUCAGCCAGAAGAGGGAACACGUGUGAAGUGGAUCAGGAGGAUCAGUGCUCGGACGACUCCUUCCAGGUGUGCUGCAGCUGCUGUGCCCUCGGCUUACGAGUGCGCGGUGAAGGAUCGGGCUGCGAUGCUCACCAGUACCUGAGCUACCCGUGUGGUGACGUCUUUCUCACCUGCUGCGAGGAAGAGGAAGGUCCCAGCCAGAUGCCGCUGAAGAGAAAGCAGAAACCCAGACCAACUCCCAUGCCGAAGAAAGUUUCAGACAGCAAGUACCCCAAAGAGGCCUACUCCAUCAGUGCCACAGAUGAAGCUGCCAACGUGGUGGAUGAGCAGGAGGAUGUGGAUGAGUGUCAGCUGUACACAGGCCAGUUGUGCCAGCACAAAUGCACCAAUGUCUGGGGUUCCUACCUUUGUGAAUGCCACCAGGGAUACAUCCUGCAGGAAGACCGACACUCCUGUGCACCAGUGAGUACUGAUGAGGACAACAGAGUCAGAGAGGACGGUCCUGCUGUGGUCCCAACACAGACCACUACUACCAGUACCACCACCAGCAGCCCUGUCCGCCUCAAUCCCUGUAAAGAAAAUGGUCCCUGCAGUCAGCAGUGUACGGCAGUGGCAGGCCAGGCUCGCUGCUCCUGCUUCCCAGGCUUCUCGCUGAUGACAGAUGGACGCAUGUGUGAAGAUGUGGACGAGUGCGUGACCAACACCCACAGUUGUCGGCCUGGUGAGCGCUGCGUGAACACAGUGGGCUCAUUUGUAUGCGAGCUGCAGGUCACUUGUCCUGCAGGCUACCAGCCGAGGAACGGUGUUUGCGAGGACACUGACGAAUGUGUGCUGCGGACCCAUAACUGUGGUCCGGGCUUGGUGUGUGAGAACACAGUGGGCUCCUUCCUGUGUAAUACCAAACACAAGUGCAUCAGCGGCUUCACACAGGACUCUCAUGGAAACUGUAUUGACAUCAAUGAGUGUAACAGCCUGAGUGAGCCGUGCAGCUCGGGCUUUAACUGUAUCAACACUGUGGGCUCCUUCACGUGCCAGCAGAAGAUCAUCAUGUGCAGCCACGGAUACCACGCCAGCCCCGAUGGAGCCAAGUGUGUCGACUCUGAUGAGUGUCAGAUGGGGACGCACCGCUGUGGAGUGGGCCAGAUCUGUCACAACCUCCCUGGCAGCUACCGCUGUGACUGUCAGACGGGCUACCAGUAUGAUGCGCUCCACAAAGUCUGCACUGACGUGAAUGAAUGCUGGCGCUAUUCCGGCAGGCUGUGUGCCCAGACCUGUGAAAACACCCCAGGCUCCUACCACUGCUCAUGCACGGCUGGCUUCUCACUAGCAUUCAAUGGCAAGAACUGUGAAGACAUUGAUGAGUGCUCUCAGAGCAUUGGGAACCUUUGCUCCUUCCAGUGUGUCAAUGUCGCUGGCAGUUAUCAGUGUUCCUGUCCUCCUCAUGGAUACACCUUGUCGGCCAAUGGACGCACCUGCAAAGAUAUUGACGAAUGUAAAACUGGCACCCACAACUGUUCACAUUCACAGACCUGCUAUAACCUGCAGGGAGGCUUCAGAUGUCUCUCCUUCAACUGUCCUCAGAAUUACAAGAAGGUGUCAGACACACGCUGUGAGCGGACCAGCUGUCCCAGCAACUCCUUGGACUGUCAGAAGACUCCUGUGCGGAUCACGUAUUACCAGCUCAGCUUCCAGACCAACAUCAUCAUCCCAGCACAGAUCUUUCGAAUCGGACCCUCGCCCGCCUACUCCGGUGACCACGUCGUCAUCAGCAUCACCAAGGGCAACGGGGAGGGCUAUUUCAGCACCAGGAAGCUAAACAGCUUCACGGGCGCCGUCUACCUGCAGAGGCAAGUGCGCGAGCCCAAAGACUUUCUCAUAGAUGUGGAGAUGAAGCUGCUGAGACAGGGGAAGCAGACCUCCUUCCUAGCCAGGAUAUACGUGUUCAUCACAACCAGCACUAUGUAACACCAACGUGACAAAGAGACGAUUUCGUAUGGUGCUAAGAAAAAAUUAUGUGCACACCCUUUUUAUAAUGCCUCCCCAUAUUCAAAGUUAUACAAGUAUCUUGUAAAAUUUCUCUGACAAUCAUGUUUCCUGAUAAACCAAAGUAAUUUUCUGCUCGACUCUUGCUCCCGCCACUAUGCACCAGUGUUGUUAUGGUCUGCUGGAGUUGUUUGUUGGCUUGGUGCUGCACAGGUCACUGCACAGGUCUGGGUUGGUGGUUUGUGCUCUGCUCUAUUCUCUGUUAACCCCCACUCUUACCUCCCUUUGUAAAUCUAGGUUUUCAGUACAAUGAUUCCUGGAACCCUCUGCAGCACUAGAAGUUAAGGGCACUUGUCACAGUGUAGGCCCAAAACUGACUAAAUGUACUGAAAGUUCAAAAAUAAAACUAAAAUGAAGUGUUAAGAUAAACUGAUUUAUAUUUUCCUUUAAUCUCUAAACAGAUGGUUCAAAAAAACUAAUCAAAUAAAGUAAUUUAUUUUCUGUCAUUUCACUUUAAGUAAAUAUAAUAAAUAAAAAACUAUUUGUUUUACUGUAGUGUUUAGUUUAUUAUCUCCAUUUUUACUCUUUACUCCAAGUUUCUUUGUCUUAUUUUAUAAUUGUAUCUGACUUUGAUCUGGCUAAGGACAAGUUGUGUGUGUGUGUGUGUGUGUGUGUGUGUGUGUGUGUGUGUGUGUGUGUGUGUGUGUGUGUGUGUGUG